AUGACCGACCAGGAGAGCCCGAAUGAUGGUCAGCAACAUGAUUCGAUCAUCCAACCACCGGCCAUGUCGAGACCAUCUCAGGAUUCCCAGGUCAAGAAAGCACAGAGGACAGAUACCAAUGGAUCGUCCAAGGCUAUGGCUGCUCCUACAGAGCAAACAGUCACAACUGAUCCCACUCAAUCGUACAGAGCGAAGGUCCCAUUUGCGCGGGUCAGGCACGCUGUAAAGAGGACUGCUUCGACAGAUGUGGUUGAUGAAGCCUCUCUCAAGAAACCAGAACUCCUUGAACAUGUGCGACAAAGCGCGGUUGAAAAAGCUACUCUUAAGGUGCUAUCUCCGGGAUCUUCAGAUGUUUUGGUUGACAUUGUGGCAAUCCGAGACUAUUAUGAUGAUCAAUCAACUGCUUGGACCUUCAAUCUCGAGACUCUGCGGAAGCAGCUACAUAAUAUCCCCGAACUGUUGAAGCAGCCGUCCGGGGAGCCACGCAAAGCGCCUGGUGAGCCUCAUGAGGAGAAGACAUCACAGCAAUUGGAACAGGAUCCCGCCGCGACCACAAAGUCUAGAAGCCCGGCUGUCGACGGGAUCCGGGCCGAACCUCAGAGCCAACCUCAUAUGCCCAUCCUGGGAUACCCUUCUGAGAUAAGCCUUUUUGGCCCAAGAAACAACCAAGAAGCCAAUCAGCCAUUGUCGGGACCGUAUAUAACACAGAUCCUCCACCAGGAGACAGCUCUAGAGGCUGUGAAGAAAAACACAGACAGGAGCCGAGACCAUGAAGAUUCAAACACACUGCCUCUCAAGCCGUCGCUUAAAUCCACGCCGAUGCCUGUAUUCCGGCGGAAGUCUCGGACGGACGCACACGUGGGACAGUUGCAAGACGAGAUCACACCCUCAACCGAUGCCGCCAAAGAGAGAGGCCUCAUCAUAUCUGAUCACUACGUCGAUCUGAGCAUUAAUUGGCUUACCCAUCGCCAAAUGCUUCCUCAACAGGUGCCGUGGGCGAGAAUCUUUAGCUUUGACUACCUGCGGCAGCACAAGGAACGCAGCCUCUCGAAGGCACCGCGGCUGCAAAGCCUUGUGUCACGUUUGCGUUCCCAACUGCAGCAAUACCGACAGACUGAAAGAGAGAGGCCCAUCGUCUUCAUCGCUCAUGACUUUGGUUUUGCUAUCUUCCUCGAACUCUUAUUCUCCAUGAAAUCACCCAGUCCGAAGACUGAUCAGUUUCGGUUGCGGCAAGCAAUGGCGGCAGCAUUCAUCUUCUUGACCCCGACUGACGGCGUUUUCGGUGAUGUUCGGAUCUCCAGGUAUAUCAGAAGCCAGAGCAUGCAUGAAGGGGUCCUGCAAGACAGCCUUCCAUACGCAGAGACGAGAAGCCAGGAAUAUGUCGAUACGCACCUGCAGCAGGUCGAUCGCCUACGAAGACUCGUGCCCAGAAAGAGUCCGAGGCCAUAUAUCCAGCUCAUGUUGGAUGAUGGCAAGCAAUUCAAAGAUCCGUUUGAUAAGUCUUUCUCGCAUCUUGUCAAGAACCUCACAAAAGCAACUCGUGCACGGCUACUCCUCCAAGCUGCAGUAGAUGGCAGGGAAGAUCUGUUGCGACGCUACGAGGAGCGUGGCUGGGAUCUUAACCUCUCGGAUAGUAGCGGGCGUAAUGCGCUUCACUUCGCCAUCAUUACGAACCGCUUGGAGAUCCUGCUAUUUCUGUUGAAUUGCAAAGACAUCAGAGUCGACGCAAAGGAUGCUGCGGGUCAGACUGCGCUUCACUAUGCAGUCAAGACCCUUUCAAGACCGCAAGGGGCCAUUGCAAUGCUGGUUGACAACGGUGCCGACGCCACCAUAAAGGAUAACAACGGGUCAACGGUUCUGGACAUUGCGAGGGAGAAAAACAUUCAGCAAUCCCUCAAGACUUUCCGUGCGAUCACAGGGCCCUCUAGUGAUCCCGGGUUGAUUCUCCGGCUGCCCGAUCCGAACAGUCUUAAUGAGUUGAAACAGCUCGCUGCCGAAGAUUGCCUGAUGGCCGUCGCUGAAUUUUUCAAGGUCCAAGAAGCAGGCGUAGAUGUCGAAAAAUUCAUCAUACAGAGGCCGUCAGUCUUUCAGGCUCUUUACCGCAUGUAUCCUGAUGAAAUCUUGGAUGUUGCUCGUCGUAAGACAGAUAUGAAGAGGGAGACUCGAGUGUGCAGAUGGUUUCAUAUUCCCUCCAACCACACCGAGUGGGUUGACGACUUGUUUGCUAGACUGGGACUAGCAAAGGAGUCUGUCCAGGUCGACCAGCACUCUGGAAAGACGUACUGGAGCAAUUAUCUCCGGCCACAUUGUCGUACGUUCCAAGCAGUCCAUCAUCCAAUGCCAACCACACCCGAUAAUCCGCGACGAGGCGUGGACGUUGAUAACCGGCGGGCCCCAAACGAGAGACAGGUGCAGGGAACUCUACUUUACAUGCCUUUCUUGACGUUUGAAAGGCAUUGUGACCAAAGAGUCAUUUAUAAUACGAUUGUCGGCGAUAAGAGGUCCCUGGUCCAAGACUUCUACUUCGUAGCUGGUCGACAGCUUUUGCCUCCCGAACCUCCCGAAGCCUCUGAUGAGAGCGACACCGAGGGGCACGUGCGGACUGAACCGACAAAUUCUCACGGCCGCGGGGAUGGCACCGACGACACAGGAAAUGCUGAUCAGCCAAGCAGACCUGCGUCGGAGAAAGCAGAAAGUUCCGAUGCUGAGUCCUCAGCACAUUCAACCGCCUCGACGAAAGACAAUGGGAGGGAUAAUGCGCGGUUACGUUCUGAACGUGAAUUGGUCUAUGCGUUCAGGGACAGUAUAACAAGCUUGGGGGCACCGCUGCACGUCCGAAGGACCCUAGACCAAUCUCAUUACCUGAUGCUGGAGGACACAACCAAGCGUGACCGAGAUCAGGUUGUGCUUCGGCGACAGCAGGGGAGAGAUGGGUCAAAAAACAGUCCCGCCUCCACCUCCCACGAUACCGACGCCGAGGCUGAGACCGAGGCCGACGAUCUGAAAGACGAAUGCCCCAUGGUCAUGGUGGAUCAGAUGUGGCUUUGGGUCACGGGCGACACUGUGAUAUCGAGUUUUCCGCGAAGCUGGCCACAGCCUGAGUGGGAGUGGGAGUGCGAUGUGCUGGACCGCUUGAUUGAAUACAUCAACGCAACUCAGAAACGAGGACCCAUCCGCUCCAGCAAUGACUUGGCCAAAUUGAUAGUCAAACACUGUGUCGAGGUGUUCAACCAUCCACAACACGAUGACCAUUAUCAUCGGCUUUCAUUACAUGAUGCGUUUGAGACGUCUGCUGGAAUUGUUGGAGACGAAGAGAUGAAGCUAUUCCGCCAGUUCGAGCAGCAGGUUUUCCAGCUGAACGAAUUCGAAGUGCCAGAAGAAGGGACGACGGCGUCAGACAGUGAUUCUGAAACAUUGUCAAGCUCUUACUAUUACGAGUAUGAGUUCACAGCCAACGAUCGGAAAACGGUGUCGACAAAGCAGUCGACCAAGAAGAAGCAGAAGGAAGUCUCUCUACCCUCCGAGAACAAAAUUCUGGAUCAAUUAUUCGAUAUCAAACAGGAGAUUGAACAGCUGGACGAAGCCAAGGAUGUUCGCGACGAGCUUCGUAUGAUUUUGAGGAUUCUGGGAGAACAAAAGCGAGUGCUGGGCGACUGGUUCGAUAUCCUAGCAUCACCAUCGAAGCCGGAGGUCAAGCCGACAAUGGAAAGAAUCCACGACAGACAUGUAUCGGCGGGUUCGGUUGGAGUCGGCGCGAUGUUUGAGGAAGCCGCAGAGGAAGGCCACAAUCAAGCGAGAAACGUCUUCCUCAAAGACGCUGCGGACGAAGCAUAUGUGACGAUACAAAGCAACUUCAAGGACUUCUCACGGAUGUUAGACCAUGUCACUGCCACGGAGAAAGGGAUCAAUCAACUGCUCAAUCUCAAGCAGAAGGAAGCCAAUUCUCUCGAAGCACGCUUUGCGAGGAAAAGCGCCGAGGCCGCAACCAAGCAAGGGAACACGGUUCUUUUCUUCACCAUAGUGACCAUUAUUUUCGGGUCCCUCUCGUUCAUCACCACCUUCUUCGCGCUGAACGUGACAGCGUUCCCUCUCGACCCAGACAGCAACGAACCGGUAUGGGGACUGAAGUCGGUGAUAGGACUCAUUAUUGGACUCUCCCUUGGACUGUCAAUCCCUUUCAUUCUCAUGGCGUUGACCAUUAACUCAACAAUGGCCUUUGGCGCGAAAGUGGUCCGGAAGGUGACAAAGGUUCUGUCAUUCAUCAGGUUCUUUCCAUAUUUGAUCCUCGUGGCCCUGUUCCGGAUUGGCCGACUCAAGAGACGGACAAAAACUUCUACGUUUUCCUCUUACUAUGUUUCCGAAGCCGGUUACUACGGCAGUCGAAGCAGAAGCUCGAACGGGCAUAGCAGCACUCGCUCCGGCAGUCUCCAUGAUGGGGAUCGAGGUGAGGAGAUGAAGAUUGGAUGGGCGGCCAAAGCCGGACAAUCUCUGCGACAAUUGAGGCCCCGAUUCAAGUCAAAAGAGAAGCGACCGGGUGUUGCGCGCAGCAGUGGUGCAAACGGAAGCAGUGUAAUCUCGGUGUAG